GUGAUGCGCGCGGCGUGUUCGGCUGUGAAUCACGGGCGAUAGACAGCGCUGUCGAAGGCGGCGAUAAGGCGGAGGCGUCGCCUCUGGCAGUGCCUCGCCAGAGGGCUCGCGCGGCGCACGACGCUGACAUGGCGGAGAACACCGUCAACACGGUCACAGAACGGAGCUAUGGCCUGCACUUCUGGAGCCUUUCACUCUCUGUCUUACUCAUUGUGGUUGUCACAAUAAUAUUAAUCACAGUGUACCUUGCUGAUGGAAAGGCAGCAGUUCUGCUUGGAGUAUUUAUUCCCCUUCUUGUUGUUACUGGUGUUGUCAUUGCAUUGCUCUGGCGGCGACAAAGGCAAACUGUCAUUGUCCGGCAGAGGAGCGGGCCACAGGAAGUAACUACGGUGCCUCCAGCAGAUCCACAAGAGCCCACUGCUCCUCCAGCCUCUGCAAGAUCAUCCUGGAGACCAUGGCGGCGAAUGUCCAAUUCGAGCAGCAGCCACUCUUGGAUGAUAUGGCGCAAAACACAAUAUAAUGAUGUUCCUACCUCUCCACCUUCCAGUGCAUAACUCAGUUUCAGCAGGAAAGAACAUGCCUUAAUUUAUACACGUUUAUAUAAAUUCAUAUAUUUUUAAUAAAUUAUUUACCUUUAAUAAACAAAUAUACAACUCAGAAACUGCUGUUCCAAAUCAAGACAAGUGUGACCAAGAAAGGCUGUUCAUGCUUAUGCACAUAUUCACAACAACAGUCUGCAAGGUUUAGACUGCCUAAACUCACUACCCACCAGCUUGCUACUGCAUGUUGCAAGGAACCAAAGACAAAUCUGUAUCCAUGCUUGAAAGUGCAUUCGAUAAUGUUACAUGAAUUCUACCGAUACAAGCCAAAGCGUUCACUCACAGUUAAGGUUUCAACUGGUGAAGGAGUUAGCAUCUAUGCACUUUAUAAUUCCAGUGAUGCACAAUUCUGAGAAAAAAAGACAGCUGAAUAUGGCAACUUCAUGCUAAGAACUUGUGAGCGUUUCAAAUGAUUUACUUAAUUUGUUAUUUAUUUUCUGUAUUUGGAUAAAUAACUGAACCAUCUAGAAUCAAAAUGAA